AACAUUAGACCAUGAUUAACCUCAGUCUUUUAACUGGAGUUUUUAGCUUCGGCUAAGAGACGGCCGUCUCUUAAAUAAGAGAUAUAAAAACCGUCUUUUAACAAAAGGAAAAUGUAAAAAAAAAAAAAUAUCAAAUCAUGAAUUAAGAACCAUGGUUAAAAGACCGGGAUUAAUCAUGCCCUUACAGAAUAGAAGAAAAAGUCUCGUCCUAACAAUUACUCACAUGCUUUCUCCAUUCUUCCAUCGUUCUUCGGUCCUUGUGCAUUUGUCAUCUCGAUAUUUUUCUCUCUUUGCCUCACUCUCUAAUCAUAAAUUAAACCUUUUUAACUAAGUUAACGAAUUGAGUGACGAGUUGGGUUUACGGGUUUGAAUGAUAGGGAAACUGAUAUUACAUGUUGUGGCUAUAGGAGAAUUACGAAAUUCAGUCACAAAAUCUUCUGUUAUUUAAAAUAAAUAAAGAAAAGACGAGUUGGGUUUAGGCCAAUACACAACCAGUUCAGUUUUCUCGGGAAAUUUUAGUGUUUAGAUGUGUAACAUUUGAGAAAUUUGUACUAAUCAUUCGGUGUAAUACAUUUCUGAAAUAUAAUAGUAUAUCUAAAAAGUUAUAGACUUUUUUGGCCCCUAUAUCACUAAAAUGUGUGCAAUUUUUUUUAUCAAUUGUCUAGAAUUAAUUUAAUGUUUGUUUAAAAUUAAGGAUAUAAUUAUAGUUUAAUAAUCCAUUUCUGAUAUCUAGCCCAUAUUAUGAAGCAUGAUGAGAGAUUAUAUAUAUAUAUAUAUUUAAAUAAUUUUCAAUAUAGUGCAUAUAUAUAUAUAUUUAUUUAUUUUUAAAUAAUUUUCAAUAUAGUGCACUGGCUGUUAAAUAAAGAUGGAGCUUGCGGGUCAAGAGACUGCAUGGGCCAGGAAUGGUGGCCACCGGUGUACGUUCCAAUGACUUUAUUCAACAACAUGAUGUCUGUAUAAUUUGAUUCUUUAUAUCUUGUUGCUACUUAACCGAUAACUUUAUUCGGUCUAUUUAACGUCUAGUCGCAUGCUGACGAAUCGCGUGACGAUUGAGCAUCCAUUAACAACAACAUGAUGAAUUUCAAAUAUAUAAAUUUCUACUUCCAAGUUUUUGUAAAGUAAAGGGAAUUAGAAUCUAGAUGUCUAACACGUGUACUGUUUGGAGAAUCACAAAGACAUCUUAAGAACUCCCUAGAUUUUGUGUUAAUCACAGUUAACAAGAGCUAAGACAACGUAUUAAAUGUAUAAACCACAUAUUAAUCACUAUUUAGUGUGGUCCCUAAUCCUAAUUCUUGUCCCAAUGUCCCCACUCAUUCUUAGUUAAGUACAUUUUUAAUCAGGUGUGUGCGCGCGUGUCAGUGUGAUGCCACUAUAAACACUCGGAUUAGUGUCUAACAGUCUAAGUCUAACUUUAUAUUCAGUAAUUCUCGGGUUUGCUAAAGAUACUGCUAAGUAAGUAUAAAUUGAAGUAUAAUACUCGGUAAUGAAAUAAAAAUAUCUAGAAAAAUUAGAAGAAGAAGGUGAGAGAGAAAGUUGACGUAGAAGACAAAGUUUCAUGGAGACCAAGGAAAUGUUUGCUAAUCCAUAAAUCCAAUGAUGUUAAUUCAUUUGGUAACAUGCAAUUCUAUUGGACUUUGACAAACAUUUUUAUUUUAUUUAUUUACAUAUCCUUUAAGCAAGUAGAAAGCCUAUUUUUACUGAUCCAUAUAAGUGGGAGCAGUUCCACAUGAAUACACUGCAAACAUAGAAGAAAAACAUUUUUAUGUGAGUUGGUGCAAGAGUUUAGAAAUAUAGGACACUUGCCCUAAAGAAAUUAUAAGACACUUGCCCUUAUACAUAGAAGAGUUAAAGACUUGAGGGGACAUUGCACAGCUCUUUACAUGGAUUUUCGUUAUUUUUUCUUUCUUUCUGACUCUUUGUAUCAGAUCUUUAUGCACUUUUUGAAAAUAACUUUAGCACUUUACAGAUUUUUAAUAGUUUUCCCAUAAGAUCUAAGACUACUGUGGAUACAUAAUUGAUGAUCAAUAAUACAUUGUAUAGUAGGAAUGUCUAAUCUUGGACUUAGUCGCUUGUCUUAUUAUACAUUGUUUGACGUUUGUUUGGUAAGCUAUGAGUUACGACAUUGAACUGACACCAAUCUCAUCAUCCAUGUUAAUGCAGCUUACUAUAAGUAUAUAUACUUUCGGUAACCAGCACUUGCUCGAAACGAUACGAGCCUGUAAAUGAACUAUGGCUAACUUCAAUUUUCAUACGAUUUGAAUAAUUUUCAUACGAUUUGAAUAUGUAUUAAUUAAACAACAUUACGUAGUCAUGUACGUUGUGGUAUAAUGGUCUCGAUUACCAUCAAGAAAGUAAAUUAGUUACGUUUCAAAGUGUGCAAAUACUUUUGUAAUUUGUAUGGGCUAUUAAUUUAGUCACUUCGACUUGAGUUUUUGGUCGGGACGCUUUAUCCGUUGAUAGAUUUCGGGAAAAUCUUUGCCAACCUGCUCACGUCCAAAUAUGUGAUGGCUAAAUGCAUUACGUAAAUAAUUAAAAGCUAUACUUUACAUACCUAUAAAUAAUAUCGACUGAACAUACAAUUAUAUAACUAAAAUGUAAAACUUUGGGACCAGAUAAUAUAAGUUUAAUUUCUUGCCUCACCUAUAAAUGAGUUAAUUAUUAAUUAAUUUUGUAAUACUACUUUCGAUAACUAUAUAUGAUUAAUUCUCUUUUAUAUGUCAAUGAAAUUUUAAUCUUUAGGACCAGAAAACAUAAGUUAAUCUUUAAAACUAAGUUAAUUAUUAAUUUUGAAACACUACUUUCGAUAACUAUGCUUAAUUAUCUACUUUUUUUUGCAUAUACCCAUGUCAACAGUGGUGGAACUAGCAACGUACCCAAUUAUAUGUAUACUAAUAAACACAAGUUUAUAAGUAAUUAACAAACUUGAGGAGAACCCACUCCGUGUCACCGUACUAACCAUUCAACGUAAUGCAUGUCUAGGGAUUCAAUUAUUUCUCGUUCUUAGAACUUUGACUGGUGAAACAUAUCGAGACUAGUCUAACUUCUAUAUAUCGUUAAGGUUGCUCCACGCCCACCGUGUAUGAUGAGCCGAGAUCAAAGCCGUGACGUUCUCUCCAAUACACGGGUUUAAACCUAUAAUUAAGUUUCUUAAAAAAGAAUUAAUGUAUAGCUAAUCUGUGGGCCGUAGUAAAAUGUAGAAGAAUGUUGGUGGACUCGUUGCUUACGUGGGAAUAUGUGCUUUAAUAUGAGUGAGUUUGUGAGUUGUAUAAAGUAGCAACAGUGAGAUAAUAUCUGAACACAAGAUUACAAAGAACAGUUUAAAAGUUUUAUUUUUAAAAGUUGAAAUCCUCUCGUUUAAAUAGUCAAACUUGGAACUUGAACAACAUCAAAUUCACCAAUCUUAGUCCAACUUGUCCAAAACUCUCUCCCACUCUAUAAUAACCAAUAGCAAUUCACCAGUGACUUAAUACAUAUAUACAUUCAAUCUCUUUGUUACAGAAGAUCAUAAAAAAAAACAUGAAGUUCUUAGGAUGGAUGCUGAACAAGCAAAAUGCAAAACAUGGGGAUUAUAAUAGAACAAGCACUUCCUCUGCUUCUUCUCAUCAUGUGAAGCAAGAGUCAAGAGAGGAGUUUAGCGACUGGCCUCACGCUUUGCUUGCUAUUGGAACGUUUGGUUCAACAAGCACUGGUGUGAGCCAAAAAGAGAGCAACAAUGUUCAUGAAGAGAUCGAAGAAGAGAAGAAGUCUAUCUCGCAUUCCGAGCAAGAAGAAGAGUCUUCUUCAUCUGAUGAUAUUGAUGAUUUUACUCCAGAGGAGGCCAAGAAGCUGCAAAAGGAGUUGAUGAAGAUUUUAUCAAGGACUAAGAAAAGGAAGUCUGAUGUGAAUAGAGAGCUCAUGAAAAACCUUCCUUUGGAUAGAUUCUUGAACUGUCCAUCGAGUUUAGAUGCAGAGAGGCGAAUCAGCAAUGCACUCUGCGCUGUUGUGGAUUCAUCUGAAGAGAGUGAAGAUAUGGAACGAACAAUUAACGUUAUUCUUGGUAGAUGCAAAGAGAUAUCUAUAGAGAGUAAGAAGAAUAAGAUGAAGACGGAGAUAAGCAAGACGUCUGUCUCAUAUCUUUUCAAGAAGAUCUUUGUAUGUGCGGAUGGGUUUUCUACACCCCCGAACCCUAGCCUGAGAGACACGCUUCAAGAAUCAAGAAUGGAGAAGUUGUUGAAGAUGAUGCUACAUAAGAAGAUUAAUGUUCAAUCCUCGUCGAAACCAGCAACAUCAACAACAAAGAGAUGCUUGCAAGGCAAGAAACAACUCUCUUUGAAGAGUGAAGAAAAAGAAGAAACCAACGAAAGAAGAAGUAGUAGCGAUGGACAUAAAUGGGUCAAAACAGAUUCUGACUGUGAGUUUUCAUCGGAUUCUCAUUAAAUUUAGUAAAAACUCAUAAAUAAACAAGAGCUAAUUCUAUCUUGUUUUUAUUACAGUCAUAGUUCUUGAGAUCUGAUCAAAACAUUCGUUCUUCAAGCCCUCGCAAGAAUCUAUUCAGCGUACAGGUAAUUAAGACAUAACACGAGAAUCUCUUAAGCUUCUAUGUUUGUCUUAUCUAAAGCUUAUGUGAGAUGUUUUGUUCGAUCAUUUAUGCAGAUUCAUACUCGUAAAGGAAAUAACGAAACGAGUCUCUUAUUUUGGAGGAUUUUUUUGAUGCAUCUGCACGUGUACAUGUAUGUAUACCUUGUUGUUUUUUUGCAUGAUUUGAUAUGUGGGCAUUUGAGCCCAUAGAGGCAGACAUGUUCUUGAAACAUUCAUACAUGUGUGUAUUUAUGUGAUCAUUUGUGUAAUGUUAAGGUGGACAACCUUAAGUUUUAAAGGUGAACUAGAUCUUGACCCGUGCCUCCGCACGGGUAUUUGUUUUUAAUUUUUGUAAACGUUUAAAAAUUAAAUACAUGCAUUAUUGUACUAAUCAAAUUAGAAGAUUCUAAUUAAUUAAAUAUAACUGAGUUAGUUUUAUUAUUCUGAAAAUUUUAAACAAUUUUGAUUAAUUUACUUUUUAAUAAACCAAUAAAUUAAUCUGAUCAUUUAAUCUAUUUUAUAGUUUUUUAUGGAUUGCAAAAUUGAAUUUUUGAUUUUGAUUUUUAAAUGAAUGAAUGAUUGCAUAUCUUCUAAAUUUAUUAGGUAGCUAAAUAUUAGGUAAUUUCAUAACAAUUUUUAUAGAAAUUGCUAUUUAUAAGGUCAGUGGCAUUGAAUUGUAAUUAUUGAGGAAAGCUUAGGGUUAAGAUUUAUUUGUACUUCAAUUUUAAUAGUUUAGAUAUUUCUUCUUCAAUGCUACAUUCUUUGUGCGUUUGGUUAAGUUAUUUGUUUUUUUUUUUUUUUUUCGACAGUUAAGUUAUUUGUAAGAGAAGCCAAAUGUUGAACUGAAUAAUACUUCUUCUAGUUUAUCCUUUUUAUAUAUCAUAUAAAAAAUGUUAGAGGUCCCAAUCAAUUACCAAAAAAUAUGAAGAUUCACUCAGGAUGAGGAGAAACUAUAGCCACUUAAUAAUUUCCCCCGUUUUCUUGGAUUAGUAGUAGUAAGUGCUUUCAAAAUAAAACAAUGAAUUGUGAGACUAUUCUUCCCAGUCUGUCCUAGUUUCAAACACAUACACCACUGCUUGCUACAAUUAAAAUACCACUAAUUAAAAUAACCAAAACAAAAUUCAUAAACUAAACUAUCCCUUUAGCAUAAAAACAUUGGUGUUUAAUUUUUGACUUGCUUUCUCGGAAGUUUUAAAAUCGAAUAUUUGACUAGUACAAGUUUGAUCACAUUCACACGUAACAGUUAGUUAUGGGCUAUUUCGGCAAAAAGUUAGAAAACACACUUCCGAAGAAUCUCAAACAUACGGAACUGAAAGUUUCAGCCCAAGCCCAUUUUAUAUACAUUGCUAGCAAAAACGUAAAGAAAUUCUGAGAGCCACAACUUCCUAGGAAUCUCCGGGAGAAAGAAAUUCAAAAAUACAAUCGAAAGAUUAAGCUCCACAUCACGAAGGUCCCAGGAACCAUACUUUUAUUCUCUCUUUUUAGAAAAGUAUCAUUUUACCAGAACACGUUUUUUCUAACGAGUCGUAAUCAUGAAGCAACGUAUUGAUCAUUGCAUCCGUGAAAGGGCCAGUUCAGUCAAUUAAUCCUUUAGCGAUUAGUUUUUUUUUUUGACUAAUCGUAUAAGGUGGGAUCAAAAGAUUUGCCUUCUCUCGUGGAAAAAAAAAAUGCAAAUCACACAUUACUGCUGUCGCGAGUGCGUCGUAUGAUAUUGCGCGACUUGUCCUAAUCAUAACAGAUGACUCUAUUUAACUCACGUGUUUUUUUCAUGUUCUGUCGGGUCUCAGACAAGUGCAUUCUUUUGAAUUUUUUUCACACGGAACUCCGGAAAUUACGAGGCAGAGCCCCCACAUGGCCCACGUUCUAUUCUAUCCGAGUUUCCGUUAAAGUUAACUAACAAGUUCUUGUAACGCAUGAAAAGUCCCAUGAAUGCGAGUUAUAACUACGAUGCUGCCACCACGAUAAGCUAGACUUAGUUCUUGUGAAAGGGCAGUUUUGUAGUUACACACAUCUUUGGGGGGUUCCUUUGCGAAUAUGUAGCAGAUUGGCUAACGGCGUUUGAUAACGUGGUCGUCGGUUUGUAACUCUUUACGCGUAAGGAAAACGUGCGGGAAAUUCUAAUUGAAAAAAAAGAAUUGUUUAGUCUAAAUUUAAAAUCUGACCGUCCAUAAACAGAUAUUCUGUAACAAACUAAACAAAAACAUGUGAGCAUAUUUAAAUAGUAAGAUAGGCGAUGGAUUUGUUAUACCAAACUUAUAACAAUAAAUAAUCAACAAUGGAUUACUACCAUUAACUUUAAUAUUGUUAUGAAAUUUCCUCUCUCUUUCACUCGAGGAAUAUUUAUUUGCUAUUAAUGAUGAAUUAUGCCAAAUAUCUGAAUUUUCAUUUAUCAAUAAAAAGUAAAAUUACUACAUACUGAAAAAGAAGAAU